AUGAAAGCCCGAUCGAGCGACAAAGAGAUAGGUAGGCAUAUGCCCACUCAAACUGUAUUACGAGGAAUGGGAAAUUAAUAGGGAAACCUUCCCAGUAAAGGUCUACAUGCCUAGCCUACAACACAGCCUAUAUAGUGCAGCAAUCACUACGCUUCCCACAAUUCCAUGUUGCCUAAUCCGUGAGCUCAGAACUCUCGGGCCGUCGUACAACAAGGUUGAGCAAGAAGCGCGUGAUGGAACCCAUUACUAUAACUGACUGAGAGACUGAGUUGUCUCUCUAGAGCCCACACAUGUCAACAGACACAGAGAGUCGACGGCGGAGACCAACCAUCGACAGUCAAGAUUCUCCAUGGGACCAAGAUCACCGGGGAGGGCACCUCCACGGGUCAAUGUGUGACCGGCUGUGUGUGGCCAGCCUGCCCUCAGAGCUGAGGGAUGCCUGCACCCCCCCGCUUUCCCCCUCCCUCCUCUCCAGACCAGGUGUCUACACGCCAAAAUGUCCGUCCACACACACACGACUCGGCGCCCAUGCCUCUGAUGAUGUAUGGGAGGAUGCCACCAACAAGACCACUAUCAGAGCAGAGAACGAAGUGGAGGCCAACAAACUAGCCAACAACUACAGGUUUGGAUUUAGGAAGUGGAAGAGUCAUGUGACGGAGCGUCCCUUUGAGGACAGGUCGGAUGUGGUCAAGGAGCUCUAUUCGGAGCUCAACGUCAUCAAACCACACACAGGUCAUCUGAUCACCUGUGGAAAUGUGGUGUAUGUGCUGUUGUUUGGCUGGUGGGUGUCUCUGGUCUACCUCCUGGUCAGCAUACUGAUGUUCAUCACCAUCAUUGGAGUACCAUAUGGGAAGAUGUGCUGGAAGUUGUCUUGGUAUUUCUUAUGGCCAUUUGGGAAGUCCAUACAGGAGUUGGGAGGAGGUGUAGGGAGGUGCUGUGGGAGGUUCCCCCACUGUGAGGCCAUCCCAGAGGAUGUGGAGGACAACGAGGACGCUUCUCCCAUCCUCCUGCCAUCACCCACUGAAGAGCCCAUCCCAGACCUGCUACAUGGGCCACCGCAGCACAAGCCCUACUGGCAUCGUGUGGGCACGUAUGUGUGGCUGCUGUUGGGUUAUCCUUUGCUGGCUGUGGUUCACUCCCUGGCCUGCCUGAUCUCCUGGCUGCUGGUGUUCACCAUUCCCGUGGCCAAGAUGAACGCCCGGACCCUGGCCUCCAUCCUCCUCAUGCCCCCUGAGAACCUCUCCGUCUCCACCUGCUCAAAGAGGAAGCCUCAGGGUUGUGAGACUCGAGCGCUGCUGUGCUGCUACCACGCGGUCAACUGGUAUUACUACAAAUACACUGUGGAUGGGAUCAAUGUGUUCGCUGUCAACCUCCUUCCCCUGGUGAUAGUGUCCCUGGUGAUUGGCUAUGUAGAUAAAGGAAACCAGUUUGCCAGCUCUGAGGUCAAGUUUGCCACAGCAGUCGGCUCCAUCAUUCCUCUGUCCUACUACAUCGGCAUGGGCAUCGCCAGUAUCUCUGCCCAGAGCAACUUUGCGGUGGGGGCAGUGGUGAAUGCAACCUUUGGCUCCAUCACAGAGAUGACCUUCUAUAUCACAGCCCUGCUGAGGGGUCACCGCGCUGGUAAUGCCUGUCUGCAGGAGAUAGUUAAAUCUGCCCUCACCGGCACCCUGCUGGGCUGCAUCCUCUUCAUCCCUGGGAUCUGUAUGAUCAUAGGAGGGCUGAGACACAGGGAGCAGAGGUUUAACAGUCGUUCAGCUGGGGUCAGUUCUGCCUUGCUCUUCAUCUCUGUGGGAGGUGUGUUUGCCCCCACGCUGUUCUCUAAGGCGUAUGGGAACCUGGUGUGUGACAACUGCACCAAUUCUACAGGGGGCAACACCACCAGCGGGUCCUUCGUCUGCCGCAACUGUCACUACGACCUGAGUGAGAACAACUACACCUUGUUCCACAGCCACAUCCAGCCACUGGUGUACACGGUCUCCUUCCUUCUGCCUGUUGCUUACAUCAUUGGUUUAAUCUUCACACUGAAGACACACUCACACAUCUACGACAUUCACGUUGGCGAGGGAGAGGUGACCGGUCACCAUGGUGCAGUUGUCCACUGGUCUCGGUGGAGAGCUCUGGCCAUCCUCAUCAUAGCCACUCUACUGAUGUCAGCCUGCGCUGAUGUCACCACUGAACACAUCCAGCCCAUACUGAGUCAGCCCAAUAUCUCACAGUACUUCAUAGGAGUAACAGUGCUGGCCAUGGUACCUGAGAUCCCAGAGAUUGUCAACGGGAUCCAGUUUGCCCUUCAGAACAACAUCAGUCUGAGCCUGGAGGUGGGCAGCUGCAUCGCUGUACAGGUCUGCAUGCUCCAGAUCCCCCUGCUUGUUUUAUUCAACGCCUUCUACGAUGUGGGCUUUGUGCUAAUAUUCUGUGACCUGCAUCUGUGGGCCAGCAUCUUCAGCGUGGUCCUCGUCAACUACAUCUUCAUGGAUGGCAAAUCGGACUACUUCCAAGGCACUGCUCUGGUGGUGGUCUACCUCAUCCUCCUGGCAUCGUACUUCUUCGCUCCAUCGCCAGCUGGCUGCUGAGGGACUAAUCUGAGCAUCAUCUUGUUACCUUUUAUAUCAGACUAAGUUGCAUUCAAUAUGUCUUUUUACUUCUUAGUUAAGUUAUUUAUGGAAUUGACUAUGGUGUGCAGACUGCUAGACAACAUCUAGAAAUUUCUCUGGACUGCGGUUCCAAAGGUUGGUGAAACAUUUCAGUGUUGAACACUGUCGUGUCGGCACAGUCUCACAACUCCAGCUAACAAAAUAUAUACUGUAAUCGUCCUGUUCCACGCUACAUUUAGUCACUCAUCUGUUUCUGUCAAAUCAGAAUCUACAUAUUUUCUUAGAACACUUCUCUGAAUUUACGCACCAACCAAACCUUAGUACUGUACUCCCUCAAGUACUUCUUUGCUGUUUAAUAUUAUUGCUUUUAAAACCAUCACUGAGAAUGUUCAAUAGAAGCUAUGCAAACUGGAGGACAACAUUCAACUGUCAAAGAGCUAUGAUUAGUCGGUGUACAGUUUGGUGAACUUUACACUGGACCUCUCUACCUGGCUUAGGUUUAUUUUUAUUUUUCUACUUGUUUGAAAACCACUAGGGUGUUUUCAGCAGCCUCUGUAAAGAAGGUAUUUUUGUACAUUUAAAAAGUGUUUAGAAGAUGUCAAACUUAUUUUGUCAAUACUAAAAGUAUUUUAAUGCAAAGGAAUAAAUACAUUUAAUAACCAAA